AUGGCGCGGGAACUGAAUGGUCUCUACUUGUCGAAUCCAUCAAUGGAUUCUCAACAACACCAAAGAGCGUUCUCACUUCACGACUUCCCGCCAAUUUCAGUUCCCGCCAACUUCGCAGCCCCAUCUCUAUUUGAUACUGCUCGUGCUGGUGCUCUUAACUACCAAAAUAAUUACAACGGAUACGCUGGCCAAGGUGGCUAUUACGGUGGACCAGCAAUGCAAGCACAACCAGCAAUCGAAGUGCAGCACAGCGUAAAAGGCUAUGGUCUCCUUACCUGGCUCUCUUCAAAAGCUGGUGUCAUCACAAAUGCAAAUAAAACAACCGUUUCCUUCCAGCUGAAAGAAUUCUGUGAUCAGGGAGUUAACGAUCUCACCCAAGUCCUUCGUGUGGGUUUCACUCUCAAGUACCACGCACUGAAGGCCGAUGGCGAGCAGUACACCGCCACCCAAGUCAGCCCAGUAUUCGGAGCAGAAGCUGAUGAGAUUUUCGACAACGCUCCGGAGAUCGACUUGCAGUCAAAAAAUCCAACACCAGUCAAUGCGAAAGAGUCAUAUGCGCCAGAUUUGGAGUUCUGCGCCUACGGUGCUUUGUUGGGAACUUUUCAACGUCAAGGAACACACAAGUUGCAGUUGAGCAACCUCCACUCGCACAUCUCAAAUCAAGGAGAUGAAAAACUCUUCCGCUACGUUGGAAGCUCUUCCAUGAAGCGGAGAAACUUCAUCGAGCGCCGUACUCAUGUAUUUCAUCUCACAAACGAUGACUCCAUUUAUCUGCAGCAUCCAGCUAUCUAUCAAGCCGUGUAUCUCCUCUCGACCUAUCUUCUCCGUCGAGGUGGUGUUGUAUCAAUCCAAUCGUUGUUUGACUACUUCAACAGUGACUCAGUCGAGAAGAGUGUACGAGACUGUAUCGGAUACGACAAUGGAUCCUUCUUGACUCUACUCAGCAGCCACAACUUUGCAUUCGCGGUGUUCCCAAACAGAACCUACGUUUCUGCUCGCCGCAAUCUCCCAAACUACGACUAUCCGGGCUUCAUCAAUCAAUUCUUCCCAAGUAUUUUUGGAAUGAACAACAGAUCGUCCUAUGAGCACCAACAAAUUCCACGUGGAAUCCAGAGAACAAUGUCGGUUCCAAUGGGAGAUGGCUAUGGAAUGGGAAGACAACAUAACGGAUACAUGCACCGCAGAGCAGCCCAUCCAUGGGGUAACCAAUGCAGCCAACCAAAUGGAAAUCGACCAAUGUCUUUGAUGGAUUCACAUCUUGUAUCUCCACAUCUUGAAGAUCACUGGAACACCGGCUCAAACAUGGGACUCUGGUCGAAUGGUGGACUCAACACCAUCCACUCGUCUCGUGUUGGAUCUCCAGGCGGUGACUCUUACUCCGAUCAUACUGUAACUUCCGAGUUGGGAAAUCUAAAGCAUUUGAGACUGAAUACCACAAAAGCUAGCACUGGAACCCAAGUGGGUGUAUCAGUAAUUGGUCAAAUGGCAUGCGUUUGUCACUGCAAAUGUGGACGUGGAAGCAUUGGACCAAUCGGAACAUCACUUGCAGCACUUCCAGAGAUCUCUCCAGAAGUUAACAAUCUCGGAUUCAUGGGAAACCGCCCACUUAGCAUCUCUACCGCCAGCUCAGAAGAAACACAACUACCAACCACCGACAGCUACAACUUGUUCAGUGGUCCAAAUGACUUCCUCUCUGGGAGCAUGGACUCUCUUCGUUUGAGCAUUUUCAAUUAA